UGCCGCGCGCGCUCCGCUCUCAGCCGACCCGGGAUCAUGGCGGCCUCAGCCACGAUGGCCACCUCGGGCUCGGCGCGGAAGCGGCUGCUCAAAGAGGAAGACAUGACCAAAGUGGAGUUCGAGACCAGCGAGGAGGUGGACGUGACCCCCACGUUCGACACCAUGGGCCUGAGGGAGGAUCUGCUGCGCGGCAUCUACGCCUACGGAUUUGAAAAGCCAUCGGCAAUCCAGCAGCGAGCUAUCAAGCAGAUCAUUAAAGGGAGAGACGUCAUCGCACAGUCUCAGUCUGGCACCGGUAAGACUGCCACCUUCAGUAUUUCCGUCCUCCAGUGUUUGGACAUUCAGGUUCGUGAAACCCAGGCUUUGAUCUUGGCCCCAACGAGAGAGUUGGCUGUGCAGAUUCAGAAGGGCCUGCUCGCGCUGGGUGACUACAUGAACGUCCAGUGUCACGCCUGCAUCGGGGGCACCAACGUGGGGGAGGACAUCAGGAAACUGGACUACGGGCAGCACGUCGUGGCCGGCACGCCUGGCCGCGUCUUCGACAUGAUCCGUCGCAGAAGUUUGAGGACACGUGCUAUCAAGAUGUUGGUUUUGGAUGAGGCUGAUGAAAUGUUGAAUAAAGGUUUCAAAGAGCAGAUUUAUGACGUGUACAGGUACCUGCCCCCAGCCACGCAGGUGGUGCUCAUCAGCGCCACGCUGCCCCACGAAAUCCUGGAGAUGACCAACAAGUUCAUGACCGACCCUAUCCGCAUCCUGGUGAAACGUGAUGAGUUGACUCUGGAAGGCAUCAAGCAGUUCUUUGUGGCCGUGGAAAGAGAAGAGUGGAAAUUUGACACGCUGUGUGAUCUCUACGACACGCUGACCAUCACGCAGGCGGUCAUCUUCUGCAACACCAAAAGGAAGGUCGACUGGCUGACGGAGAAGAUGCGAGAAGCCAACUUCACCGUGUCAUCGAUGCAUGGGGACAUGCCCCAGAAGGAACGGGAGUCCAUCAUGAAGGAGUUCCGGUCCGGCGCCAGCCGAGUGCUUAUUUCUACGGACGUGUGGGCCAGGGGCCUGGACGUGCCCCAGGUGUCUCUCAUCAUUAACUACGACCUGCCCAACAACAGAGAGCUGUACAUACACAGGAUUGGGCGGUCGGGUCGCUAUGGCCGGAAGGGCGUGGCCAUCAACUUUGUGAAGAACGAUGACAUUCGCAUCCUCCGGGACAUUGAGCAGUACUACUCCACCCAGAUCGAUGAGAUGCCCAUGAACGUUGCUGAUCUGAUCUGAGCAGUGUGCAGGCAGUUGUACAGAUGUUCGGCCUCGCUGGCUCAGAAGUGCCCUGCCGCCGUCCAAUGCAGUCAGGUGUGGAGCGGAAGACAGUCUGGAGGGCGUGCAGGACACCGCCACAGGUUCCGUGCUGUCACCUGAGUUGUGGGGGGAGCAGUUUCUCUUUGACGUGAUUGAUCUGAACACUUUUCCUGUACUUCUGGGGCCGAAACCGUUUUUCCGUGAUUAUCCCUGGUCAAUAUUAGGAAAUUUUGUGAAACAGGAAAGUAAGCAGGGUGUUGUGUUGCCUUUUCUUACCACAUGUAAAUAAUGCUUUGCUCUCAGUCUUUUUCAUUAAACCUUUAAAACUUUU